GGCGAAUUCAAUGUAGAUUGCUGCCGUCAGCAUCGAAUCAGCAGACUCCCAUGACUAAUUACAUUGUCAUAUUUUCUCCAAAAUCUUUACGUUUUCAACCUCCAUAAAUACAGAAUCAAAUGCAGUUGAUGGGCACUUCGACAUCCACGACUUCAUUUUCGAUUCUUUUCAAUUCUCAAAGAGAGAGUCCGCCAUUAUUGAUCUGCAAAAACAUGGGAAGCACAGCUGAAGAUAAGCCGCAAAUCCCACUUCUCACACCAUACAAAAUGGGAAAAUUUCAGCUCUCUCAUAGGUAAUUUAAUUCAUCAUUUUUUAUUUAUUUGAUGUUUUCCCUAACUAGAGUAAAUUUUAUUUUACAUAAGAAUUACCGAGUUGUUUUUGAGAUAUCCCAUGUGGUCUUGAAUUGCUCAUGGUUGGCAAGUUAGUGGACUCGGCGCCAACCAGAGAAAAACUUUCGUUAGGGCUUUGCUUUCUAAAUUUUGUUCGAUGUAUUUUCAGGAGAUUAGGCUCAUUAAUAAGGGCUUUUGCAUAACAAUUUGCACAAAAUUCAGAUAAAUUUGAAGAUCCUAUAAAAGAAGGAAAAAAAAAAAGGCUUGGUGGAGGCUUAAGCCCUCUCCUCACACCAUGUGUCUUCGAAUCUCACUAAUGUGCCUUCUAGGUAGUGCAAUAUGUCUCUCUGUGUGUAGUUUGCAGACUAUUGCAUAAGAGCUGAUUAACAAAGAAAAAUGGUAUUGUGUAACUAUACAUGCUGGGCUAGUUAGUGUGGUUGAUCGUCUCUUGUAAUGAAAUGUCAUUGAGUUGGAAUCUCAGGGUGCCUUCUAGGUAGUGCGUUUAUCUCACAUGUGUAGUUUGCAGACUAUUGCAUUCGAGCAGAUUUACAAAGAAAAUCGGUAUUGAAUUACUCAUUGAGGUUUUACAAAGAAAUGGACUCUUUGCUAUCUUACUCAUUUUUGCAUGUGGAUUUGUAUCAUAACCAAAUGUAUGUUUCUCAUCGUCUUGUCCUUGUCAUAGAUCACAAUAAAUUGUUUACUGAGUUUAAAAAAUUAGGAACUAAUGCAGAUUUAAGUUGGCUCAGGCGAAAAGUCGUCUCAAGAUCAGGCCCGGGCUCUGUUGAGUUCUUUCAUAUCAUGAGAUUCAUGGCUAAUGCAGCUUUGGAGUUAGCAGUGUAAGUCGUGUUUCCUUCUGCUAAGAAGAAGGCAUUCCUCGAUGUGAUCAAUAUAAAAUCGUUGCUUUAGCUUAGUCCGAGUGGUUUUGCUUUAAUCCUCGUUAGGUGCUUGGGCGUUUACUCUUUUUCUGCUGGAUUUCGAUUCUCCUUUGCAGUUGGAGGGCGAUCAUCGCUGCACACGAGUAAUUUCUACAUAGCAUGAAAGCGAUCAUAGGAAUUGUUCUGGCGCCACUUACGAGGCAGAGGUCAUUCAACAAUGUACCUCAGCCCCAUGCUGUAUUGUAUUACUCUCAGAGAGCCAACAAAGGGGGUUUUCUCGUGAGCGAAGCAACCGGAGUUUCUGAUACUGCACAGGGAUACCCUCACACUCCGGGAAUCUGGACAAAGGAACAAGUUGAGGCGUGGAAACCUAUUGUAGACGCAGUUCAUGCCAAGGGUGCGGUCUUCUUUUGCCAGAUCUGGCAUGUAGGCAGGGUUUCAAACACAGGGUUUCAGCCAAACGGGCAAGCUCCGAUAUCAUCCACGGACAAAGAACUAACCCCGCAGAUCCGAGCUAACGGCGUGGAUGUUGCGCAAUUCUCGCCUCCACGUCGCCUGACAACAGAAGAAAUCCCACAGAUUGUCAAUGACUUCAGACUUGCUGCAAGGAAUGCUAUGGAAGCUGGUUUUGAUGGAAUCGAGGUUCACGGUGCUCACGGCUAUCUCAUAGACCAGUUCUUGAAAGACAACGUGAACGACCGGACAGAUCAGUACGGAGGGUCUCUAGUGAACCGGUGUCGUUUUGCUCGUGAGAUCAUCGAAGCUGUGACAGCCGAGAUAGGAGCGGACAGAGUUGGGAUCCGGCUCUCUCCCUUCGCAAACUAUAUGGAGUCCGGGGACUCUAACCCUAAUGCCCUUGGCCUUUAUCUAGCCGAGACCUUGAGCAGGUACGAGCUUCUUUACUGCCACAUGGUCGAGCCGAGGAUGAAAACCGUGGGAGAGAAAUCCGAGUGCCCGCACAGCCUUGUCCCGAUGAGACAGGCAUUUAAGGGGACCUUCAUUGUCGCGGGUGGCUACGAUAGGGAAGACGGGAACAAGGCCGUGGCCGAGGAUCGUGCUGAUCUGGUCGCUUUUGGCCGGCUGUUCUUGGCUAAUCCUGACCUGCCUAAGAGGUUUGAGGUGAAUGCUCCUUUAAACAAAUAUGAUAGGAAUACUUUCUACAUACCUGAUCCUGUUUUAGGCUAUACCGACUACCCAUUUCUGGAUGAAACUGCUUGAUUUAUGGGAAAUUUGGAAGGUAUACCACUGACCAAAUUCGGAACUACAGAUCUCCAUUUUAUUAUUUAGCAAAUAGAAAUGGACUUUUUUAUGUUGAAAUUGUGUUGUAGUUUGAAUUCUACCAUUGUGCGUGCUUAAAAGUUAAAUCUAUUAUAGGAUGAUAUUUUUCA